UCAGCCUGCGCAAGCCCUCGCGCUAUGGCGGCAGCGUCCGCCACAGUGACGCCGCCCAUUUCUCGCAAGGAUUCCCCCGAUUCCUCCACGACUGGGAGCCGGAUUGUCACGCGCCGCGCGGCGCUGGCGUCGCCGAUUGCCGGGAGCAGCGUCAAAAGGGAAAUGGGUGAGCAGCAUCAAGAACUCCAUAGCUCCCUCGCUCCUUCUCAUUCCUCUUCCUCUCACCCUAGAAAGAUCUCGCCCCCUUCCAAUGGCGCCACGAUGAUCGCCACCAGCAACGGCGGCGCCGCCGGCGGCGUGGACGAGAUCUGGCUGACAAUGCGCGAGGAGGCCCGCCGCGACGCCGAGGCCGAGCCCGCGCUGGCCAGCUACCUCUACUCCACCAUCCUGGCGCACAGAUCCCUGGAGAGAGCUCUGGCAUUCCAUCUGGGGAACAAGCUCUCGAGCUCCACGCUCCUCAGCACGCAGCUCUUCACCAUGUUCGUCGACACUUUCAUGGAGGACGCGGAGAUGAGGGAGACGAUCCGGGCCGACAUAGCCGCCGUCCGCGAGCGCGAUCCGGCCUGCGUCUCCUUCUCGCACUGCAUGCUCAACUUCAAAGGAUUCCUGGCGUGCCAGGCGCACCGAGUUUCACACCGGCUGUGGAACCAGGGACGCCAGUCGCUAGCUCUCGCGCUCCAGAGCCGGGUGUCCGAGGUGUUCCAUGUAGACAUCCAUCCCGCCGCCAAGAUUGGGCGAGGCGUGCUCUUCGACCACGCUACCGGGCUCGUGGUUGGCGAGACCGCCACCAUUGGCAACAACGUUUCUAUCCUACACAAUGUGACGCUGGGCGGGACUGGCGCCAUGGGUGGUGAUCGCCACCCAAAGAUUUGUGACGGGGUGUUGAUCGGGGCCGGGGCGAUCAUCCUGGGGCCCGUGAGGAUUGGCGAGGGAGCCAAGAUUGGAGCUGGGUCGGUCGUGCUGAUCGAGGUUCCUCCACACACAACUGCUGUGGGGAAUCCGGCCAGGCUUGUGGGAGGGAAGCUCAAGCCCACCAAGCUUAAGGACAUUCCCAGUGAGACUAUGGAUCACACUUCUUUCAUCUCCUCGUGGUCUGAUUAUGUCAUUUAGAGAACUCUUGUGGAAAGUACCAAAGAAUAUAUGGAAAAAGGAUAUUCUUGUUAUUAAAAGCUUCAACAACAAGCUGUUAUUUUUUUAAAGAAUCUAAUAAUAAAAAGUCCAUUCAAUUUACUAGUAAA